AUGGAGGUAGAGGAUCUACCGAAUGUACAUGAUUUCGAGGCCUACGCGGCAAAGGCGAUGCCGGAUCUGGGACUGGAGAUCGAGGAUUUCCAAGCUCAGACAUGGCGUAUUGAACAUUGGAGUCAACAGGCAAAGAGGAUAGUCGGUCCAGAGUUUAGCUGUGGUGGUCAUAAGUGGCGAAUCUUACUGUUCCCGCAGGGAAAUGCAAAUGGACAACCGAAUGAUAUGGUAUCUGUAUAUCUGGAUUAUGCAAAUCCCAAAACAGCACCUGAAGGUUGGCAUGCAUGUGCUCAAUUCUGUUUGGCAAUUUCAAAUCCUUGGGAUCCUACUAUCCAAACUUCGAGUCAUGCUCACCAUCGAUUCGUUGCUGAGGAAUGUGAUUGGGGUUUCACACGUUUUGUUGAUUUGAGGAAGUUGUACACCGCCGAUACAGCAAAUGGCAAAACGCGGCCGACGAUCGAAAAUGACGAAGUGGAAAUCACAGCUUUUGUCAGAGUAUUGAAAGAUCCAACGGGUGUAUUAUGGCAUAACUUUGUCAAUUAUGAUUCGAAGAAGGAGACUGGACAUGUGGGAUUGAAGAAUCAAGGUGCUACUUGUUAUAUGAACUCUUUGUUACAAUCCCUCUUCUGUACGAAUUACUUCCGAAAGGCUGUGUACCAAAUACCGACUGAAGGAGAUAUACCUUCAGAAUCCCUGGCUCUAGCUCUUCAGAGAGUAUUCUACCACCUCCAAACAUCGAAUCAACCAGUUGGCACAACAGAGUUAACAAAAUCCUUUGGUUGGAAAUCACUGGAUUCAUUCAUGCAGCAUGACGUACAGGAGUUUUCUCGAAUCUUACAGGAUAAAUUGGAAAUCAAGAUGAAAGGUACUCCGGCGGAAGGUGCUAUACCCAGGUUGUUCAAGGGAUCAAUGAAGAAUUAUAUCAAAUGUAUUGAUGUGGAUUAUGAGAGUUCGGUCAUUGAAGAAUUCUACGAUAUACAAUUAACAAUCAAGGGCAUCAAAAACCUCCGAGAUUCUUUCCGCGAAUACGUAUCUGUAGAAACAUUAGAUGGUGAUAACAAGUAUAUGGCCGAAGGACAUGGUUUGCAAGCUGCCAAGAAAGGUGUUAUAUUCAAGGCGCUUCCUCCCGUACUGCACAUGCAGUUGAGACGAUUCGAGUAUGAUAUAGAAAAGGAUGCUUUGGUCAAGAUCAACGAUCGACAUGAGUUCCCCUUUGAGAUCGAUCUCGCAGAAUUCCUCGAAGAAGGUGCCGAUCGAUCCCAAUCACAUGUUUAUAAAUUGCACGGUGUACUUGUUCACUCGGGUGACUUACACGGUGGUCAUUACUUUGCGCUCAUCAAACCUGAAAAGGAUGGUAGAUGGUUCAAAUUUGAUGAUGAUCGGGUAACGCCAGUGACGGAUAAGGAGGUUUUGGAGGAUAAUUACGGUGGUGAUAUGCUGAAUGGCUUGAUCCCGCCUCACCAACGAACACAAGCUAGGACGCUCAAAAAAUUCACAAAUGCUUAUAUGUUGGUGUAUAUCCGAGAAACUGAAUUGGACACUGUUUUGGCUCCUUUCACCGAGGCUGAUACCCCUCCUCAUCUGAAGGCCCGACUGGACGCUGAAAGAGAGCAACUCGAAGCCAAGCGACGUGAGAAGGAUGAGCAACAUCUUUACCUCACCGCCAAAGUCAUCACCGACGAGAUCUUCUCCAGACAUCAAGGAUUCGACCUCGCUUCAUUCGACGACAAGAACCUUCCUGCCACUGAACUUCCCACAUUCCGAGUACUCAAGACUGAAACGUUCUACACUUUCAAGCAGAGAAUAGCGCAUUACUUCAAAAUCUCAGAGAGGGAUUUCAGGCUUUGGGUGUUAGUGAAUAGGCAGAACAAGACUGUUAGACCGGAUGUACCAAUCCAUGAUUCUGAAAAUUCGCAGACGAUGGACCAUAUCAGAAAUAGUAUGGCCGCUCGUGCAUCUGACCUUCGAUUAUACCUCGAUUACAACCCCGAUCACGCCAAAUUCAACGCUAUCCAUGCUGAUCCAAACAACGCACCUAUUAUGAUCUUCUUGAAAUGGUUUGACUGUUCAAGACAGACCUUGUUAGGUCAAGGUAAAGUCUUCGUCAACAAGAAUAACAAAGUCAGUGAUCUGCUGGGUGUUAUACAAGAAAAGAUGGGCUGGCCAAGUUCGACGCCUAUCAAACUCUACGAGGAGAUCAAAGCUGGUAUGAUCGAGGGAAUGAAGAUGAAGCAGACCUAUCAACAGAAUGAGAUUCAAGAUGGUGAUAUCAUAUGUUAUCAGGUCGACAUGACUGAUAAAGAAGUUGCGGAUCUCGAAGCCCAAUCUUUGUACUCGACUGUUCCCCAAUUCUACGACUUCCUCCAAAAUCGGGUGCUGGUUCAGUUCAAAUCGAGGUAUGAGGAUACUACGGGCAAAGCACCUGAUUUCGAUUUAAUGUUGAGUAAGAAGAUGACAUAUGAUAUUAUGGCUCACCGAGUCGGCGAUUACCUGAAACAUGAUCCUCUCAAACUUCGAUUCACCUCAUCAAAUCCUCAAUCCGGUACACCCAAAGCGAUCAUCAAACGAUCACUGAAUCAGAGUGUCGCAGAUAUCACUCAAACGAACUAUUACAGUCAACAUCCGAACGUUAUCAUCUACUAUGAAUUAUUAGACAUAAGUAUUAUAGAAUUGGAAACUAAGAAAUCAUUGAAAGUAGUAUGGACAGGAAGACAUAACAAGGAAGAAGCUACACAUUCAUUCUUAUUACCUAAAACAUCGACUUUUGCGGAUGUCGCUGAACACUUGUCAAAAGCGGUCAAGAUUCAGCCUGGAGGAAGUGGGAAAAUCCGUAUAUUUGAUAUAUCCCAAUCUGGACGAUCACAACGGGAAUACACCAGCGCCGAAAUGAUUGGCAACUUGACUGAACCUGCCGAGUUAUAUGCUGAAGAAAUCCCAUUAGAGGAAUUGGAAGUGAACCAGAAUGCCCUGUCGGAUGGUAAGAAGGUGGUGAAUCUUUUCCACUACGCGAGAGACCCGUCUAGGAUACAUGGUGUACCGUGCAAAUUCGUUUUGAAAGAGGGCGAGCCAUUCUCAGAGACCAAAGUGAGAUUACAAGAACGUAUCGGCGUAUCAGAUAAGGAUUUCGCAAAAUACAAGUUCUCCUUGGUGACUUCGACGGUAUUCAAACAACCCUCUGUAGUGGAAGAUAACGACGUGCUAUACGAUCACAAGUGGGCUGCGGACGAUGCGUUGGGAUUGGAUCACAUUGACAAGAGACCUAACAAAGUGAAUGCUGAGCGAGGUAUCGUGAUGCGAUAG